ACAACCAGUAUUACUGGCAGCUUUCACGCCCUCCUUGUAUGUUGAGGAUAUUGUCCGUGGCUAUAGAAUGGAUUGUUGCAUAAAUAGUUUUAUUUUGUUGGUCUUUGAUUUGGUCUCCGUAUCUUUUUUCUUUAGUAUUGUCAGCUGUUGUUUUUUUAUUGUUAUUAUUUUUAGAUGAAUAGCUGUGUUGUAGUUUCUUUUAACUAGUGCAGCUGAAGAUCCAUGCAUGUCGCUCGUGUUUGUUUCGCAUAAAUCUCUCUCUCUCUCUCCCUCUGUAUACGGGUCCAUCUGUCUCAUAUUUGUAUGCUCAUAUGCCUAUUUCUAACAGUUUCAUUUCGACUUCUAUUAUCCUCUCGCACCAUUAGUUUUUGAAUGGACACCACAAAGCUAUGCUCUCUAUUGAGGGCAUGCAUAAGUUCUAAGUCACUCAAGCAAGGCAAGCUCAUCCACCAGAAGAUAGUCUCUCUAGGCCUACAGAACAACAUUGCCAUUUGCAAAAACCUCAUCAACUAUUACUUGUCAUGCCAUUUGUAUGAUUCCGCGGAGCUUGUUUUCCAAACCAUUGAGAAGCCAUUAGAUAUCUCUUUGUGGAACGGCCUCAUGGCCGCUUACACCAAAAACUACAUGUUCAUUGAAGCUUUUGAGCUAUAUGAGAGGUUAUUGCGUUACCCAUAUUUGAAACCUGAUAGUUACACUUACCCAAGUGUUCUCAAGGCCUGUGGUGGAUUGGGUACAGUUCGUUGUGGGAAAAUGAUCCAUACCCAUUUGAUAAAAAUUGGUUAUCUAAUUGACGUUGUUGUGGCCAGUGCUCUUGUGGGCAUGUAUGCAAAGUGCAAUGCUUUUGAGUAUGCUAUACAGUUAUUUGAUGAAAUGCCUGAGAGGGAUGUAGCAUGUUGGAAUAGUGUGAUUUCUUGUUAUUAUCAAGAUGGGCAACCUAAAAAAGCGUUGGAAUUGUUUGAAAGAAUGAGAGAUUCUGGGUUUGAGCCUAACUCAGUGACACUCACGACUGUCAUAUCAUCUUGUGCAAGGCUUUUAGAUUUGGAAAGAGGGAAGGGGAUACACAUGGAGCUGGUGAGAAAAGGAUUUGUGUUGGACGGUUUCAUCAGCUCGGCUAUUGUGGACAUGUAUGGAAAAUGUGGUUGUUUAGACAUGGCUAUAGAGGUUUUUGAGCAUAUACCAACAAAGACUGUGGUUGCUUGGAACUCCUUGAUUGCAGGAUACAGUUUAAAAGGUGACAGCAGUUCAUGCAUUGAACUUUUUGGAAGGAUGAAUGAGGACAGAACUAAACCCACUUUGACUACUUUGACCAGCAUAUUAAUGGCUUGUUCAAGAUCAGCCCAUCUUCAACACGGAAAAUUCAUACAUGGGUAUAUACUAAGAAACAAAAUAGAAGCUGACAUCUUUACUCAAAGCUCCUUGAUAGAUUUAUACUUCAAAUGUGGAAAUGUUUUGUCGGCUGAAAAUGUUUUUAAGAAGAUGCCCAAGACAAAUGCAAUUUCUUGGAAUGUUAUGAUUUCUGGAUAUGUGACAGUAGGCAAUUAUUUCAACGCUCUUGGCGUCUUCAGUGACAUGAAAGAAGCUGGUGUUAAACCAGAUGCCAUUACAUAUACAAGUGUUUUACCAGCUUGUUCACAUCUAGCAGCCUUGGAACAGGGUAAGGAGAUUCACAACUGUGUAAUUGAGAGUAAGUUGGAAUUCAAUGAAGUAGUCAUGGGGGCUCUCCUUGAUAUGUAUGCUAAAUGUGGUGCUGUGGAUGAAGCACUAAAUGUUUUUCAUCAAUUGCCACAGAGAGAUGUUGUGUCGUGGACGUCAAUGAUCACAGCUUAUGGUUCUCAUGGUCAAGCUUUAGAAGCUUUGAAGCUUUUUGGUGAAAUGCAGCAGCAGUCCAAUGCAGAACCAGACAAAGUUACUUUCCUUGCAGUUUUAUCUGCUUGUAGCCAUGCUGGAUUGGUUGAUGAAGGUUGUUAUUAUUUCAAUCAAAUGAUCACCCGGCAUGGCAUUAAACCCAGAAUUGAACACUACUCAUGCUUGAUUGAUCUUCUUGGACGUGCUGGAAGAUUGCGAGAAGCUUAUGGGAUUCUCCAAAGAAACCCAGAAAUUAUAGAUGAUGUUGGGCUAUUGAGCACACUGUUUUCUGCAUGCCGUUUGCAAAGGAAUUUAGAAUUGGGGGUAGAGAUUGCAAGAUUGCUUAUUGAGAAGGAUCCUGAUGAUCCAUCUACUUACAUUAUUUUAUCAAAUAUGUAUGCUUCUGCAAAAAAGUGGGACGACGUGCGCAUGGUGAGAUCAAAGAUGAAAGAGCUAGGAUUGAAAAAGAACCCUGGGUGUAGCUGGAUUGAUAUUAACAAAAGGAUCCAACCUUUCUUUGUUGGUGACAAGUCACACCCACAAGCCGAGAUGUUGUAUGAAUGCCUCGCAAUUCUUGCCAGUCACAUGGAGAAAGAUGAAUUAUUGUCAUAUUAGAGAUUAGCCAAAUGAUGCACCAUCUAGGAGCAGCUCUAGAUCUUUAUAUUCAAAUUGGAAAGAGAGAUUCCUUUCUGAAGAGACUAACAGGACCCAGCGGAGCUUCAAAAUCUUUUAUAGAGAGACAGGAGAUGUGUAUAUAACUAUUUGUUCGCAUUAACUCUUCCGCUGCUCAAAACACAGCAGGAGAGAAGGCAAUUCUUACUGGCAGGGUGGCGGACUGCAGUUAUGCAGACGACGAAAUUGCACACGAACUGCCAGAGCAAAAGGGCGAGAUACUUGGGGACAUGUUCAUGCAAGCGUUGUUCGAUCCGUGGUCACUCGCCUAUGUAGUUGCAACUGGCACACGCAGUAACAAAGGAGCUUGAUCGUGGGACCUCGAUAGUGGGCAGUUAUUCAUGACGACAUGUUGAUGGCGUUGGGCACUCAAUUAUGCAUGUCUACAUGACGUGCUCAACAGUUGGCGCAUGGAGAUGGGGUAUCUCUGAAAGGCCCUUCCCCACUUCACUUACAGGAGGUUAUGGAGGUUCAACCGCUGGACACACGUCAAUUACCGUGGGUGACCUGGAGACUCCUUUUCAACUGCUUGUUUUUAUAACGUGCUACAGUAGAAUCGCCAAAAUUACAGGAUGUUGGGUGUACAAACGGAGUAGUCAUAACCACUUUAAAACCGCUAACCGCAUAAUCGUAUAACCACUUUCAAAAGUAGUUAUAGGAUUUGGGAAAAACGAUUAAUAUUCACU